AUGAAGAGAGGCAAGUGCUUUCUCGUCCAUGGUUUCCCCUGCUUACUCCUACUCGUCGUAUCUGGCUGCCUUCCUCAUGUCAGCUCCCUUAGCUUCAAUUACAACUUCUCUGCUCCCACCGGUUUCGCCAGCACCGAUCUCAGGUACAUGAACGACUCUGCCCCCGUUCUCGACCGGAUCGAGCUGACGAACCAAUCGAGGAGGUGGAGCACCGGCCGUGUAGCCCACAACCAGCUGUUGCGUAUAUGGGACCACAGAACCAGCAAGGUCGCCAGCUUCACCAGCAACUUCACCUUCGCCAUCAAGCCCGCCAGCAGCAACCCCCGGAGAGGUGAUGGCAUGGCGUUCUUCGUGGGGCCUUACAUGCCGUACUACAUGCCCAUGGACGCGCCCGCCGGCCACCUCGGGCUAUUCAACAACCGCGACAAUCCCGGAAACAACUACUUCCCGCCCACUGUCGGUGUGGAAUUUGACACGUUCAGGAACGUUGACUGGGACCCCGCUGAAACCAACUGCCACAUCGGCGUCAACGUCAAUAGCAUCAGGUCGACUAACUACACGGCGGUACCGGAAGGGAUCUUCAACGGGAUCAUGUCGGCGGAGGUCAGGUACGAUGCUAAAGCGGCCACGCUCUCGGCCACCCUGCGGUUACUCGACCCGCCGGGGCAGGGUACAUACACGGUCAGCGCGAACGUCGACCUGCAGGGCGCCGGUCUGCCGGAGAUGGUGGAGGUUGGGUUAUCGGCGUCCAUCGGGGACUACAUCGAGCAGCAUCAUAUUCUUUCUUGGUCCUUCCAGACCAUUAUGAUCGGCUACACAAAAAUGAUAAAUAUGUGGAUCUGA